AUUAACCAAUUAAGGAUCUCUCAAGAGGCUAUAAAACAGGCUGACAAACGCGGCGGCCUUUCCAUGAGAUUUUCUCUGGAGGAGCGUUCACAUCGAGGGUAAAUGAAAGGUAUGAGCGGGGGGAAACGUGUCGGCGGUCCGCCGCUGCAGCUCUUCAACUGCACUCAGGCGAACUGUGGAGCAACUUUCACCCGACAAUGGAGGCUGAAGGAGCACGAAACUGUGCACACCGGAGCGCGUCCGUGUCAGUGCACCGUUGCUGGCUGCGGGCGUGGUUUCACAAGGAAAUCCCACCUGAGCCGCCACAUGCUGCAGCACGGAGGGACGAAGCUGUUCAGGUGUAAGUUGGCGGGCUGCACCCAGAGUUUCCUCAACGCGGGGAAACUGAAAAGACAUGUGCGUUACAGCCACGGAGACAAAAACAAGUAUUUCAAGUGCAGCCAGCCAAACUGCGACAUGACCUUCAAAAAACGCAGAGUGUAUAAACUGCACUUAAAAGAGCAUCAAGUGCCUGCCAAGUUCAAGUGUUCGAAGGACGGAUGUGCUGCCAUGUUCGACUCCCACAUCGCCCGCAAAGCUCAUGAGAAGAAGCACGCGGGUUACAGCUGCCCUCACGCUAAUUGCCAGGUGCAUGAACACACCUGGGGAAAACUUCAGAAGCACAUGGUCAAACAUCCAGCUGUGUUCACGUGCCAGGUGUGCAAGAAGGCGUUCAGCAAAGCAGAUACUCUGCGGAGGCACAAGCGGAUCCACUCCUCCCAUAAGCCUGUGCUAGUUUGUCCCAGGGAAGACUGCCAGGCCUACUUCUCUACAACAUUUAACCUGCAGCACCACAUCCGCAAGGUGCACCUCGAGCUCUUCAAGUACAAAUGCUCCUUCCCUGACUGCCCACGCAUGUUUGCUAUGCGGGAGAGCUUGACCAGACACCUGCUUCGUCAUGACACAAGCGCAUCUCUGAAGAAACGUCAGCGACCUAAGAAGUCCUGGCAGAAGCGUUUGGAUGGACAUCAUCUACCCUUUGUGGAGGAAGACUUGCGUCGUCUGUUCACCCUACGCAUGCGGAUCUCCCGACGUGCCAAAGUGGAAACCAACCUCUCAGGCCUCUUCAAUGAACGCAAGAUCCCUCAUUACGUUGACCCUGAAGUCAACCUACGCAAUCUAUUCGGUAUCAAAAAGCCUCGUCCUUUAGAGGAGCCUGAGGUUUAAAAGGCCAGCUGUGCAUUUUGACUGUUAAGUUGCUGUUAAGUAAUGUGCGGAGGCAUUUCAAGGUGCUGUUUUUCUUUCUAUUGGAGAAGUUAGAAAAUGUGGGUCUCUUUGUUUUGAUUAAUGUAGCUGACAUACAUUAAAAUAAUUUCAAAGUAAUUAUUUGAAUGGCGCUUUGAGAAUUUAAGAGUGAAUUCUAGUUUUUGAAGAAAAUGGUAUUGUCUGAAAUGCUCACUUGUACAAUUGUUUGUAAGACCCAAUAAAAUGAGUUAUGUUUUCAUCAAA